UUGUAGUUGACGUAAUAAUGUACAAUGGCAUGACGUAAUAUAUGGCUUAUGACGUAAACGCACUCAAGAGAAGGUUCAGUGCCUGCUUCUGGAACAGUUGAGUUGAUGAUUUGCAAAGGACAGUCAUCUUCAUGUUCAAAUAAAUCAUUUUGAGUGGACAAAGAGGACAUUCUGUCCAAUCUGAGAAGGGUGCCUGAAAGCACAAUGGAUAGAAAUCAUAAACGGUUGAAAAAAAUUCUUCAAAAAGCUGGGAUCCUCCAAGCUAGUGCUGGAGAGCAGGUGCUCCAGACAGACGUCCAUUCCGCUGGCCAUGAUGGACUAAGGCUGCCAGCCCUGGGAGACUGCCCCAAGGACAGCCCUCUAAAGACUGGGACCCUCCAAGCUAGUGCUGGAGAGCAGGUGCUCCAGACAGACGUCCAUUCCGCUGGCCAUGAUGGACUAAGGCUGCCAGCCCUGGGAGACUGCCCCAAGGACAGCCCUCUAAAGGUAAGAAACAGCUUUUAGUUCUGUUGCAAAACGUCUGGUUGUAACAGAGACCAGUUGGUUGUAAUCUAGUAAUAUGACGGGUUGAAAACCAGUUUACAACGAGAUAGUAACGUCAUUAAGACACAUGGCCAACUACUAGUUAGAACUAAUAGUAUUGUAAUUCUGAUUGUAAUUCUACAGUUAUGAUUUAUAGUUGGAAAAGUGGGCAUAAUAAUGGAGGGCUCAAGUUAAAUGUAAUUCCUUAUGUUCCUGUACCCCAGGCUGGGAUCCCUCCAAGCUAGUGCUGGAGAGCAGGUGCUCCAGACAGACGUCCAUUCCGCUGGCCAUGAUGGACUAAGGCUGCCAGCCCUGGGAGACUGCCCCAAGGACAGCCCUCUAAAGAACCUUGUGCCGAAGCCCCCACAAGGCCCCAGGCCCAGCCGAGAGACCAAUAUAGCAAAGGCAGAAAAGAAGGCCAGAGAGGCUAUCAAGCCUAGAAGUGCUAGGGAGGCUAAGGCAGGGGUGAAAAACCUAAGCCUCCAAGUAGUUGGUGUGUUGGCACUGCCUCAAACUCUUCAAUCUCGAACAACCUGUUACAGUGUCCUGCCAGCUAUCAAGAAGGGCACUAAAGUUACUAAAAUGGAGACAACACAACCCCCAGGUCCCCUGACACCUAAUGAUGGGGAGAUAAUGAUCUCCUCUCCAUCUGUUGAUGACCUCCUGACCCCAAAGAGUGAUGUCACGUCCGAGGCUAAGAGUGAUGAUGCCUCCUGUCCAAUUUCACCUGAGGCGUUCUCUCUAACAAUCUUCCUGAAGUCUCACCCUCAGAGAAAGCUUAUCAGGAAGUUCCUCAAACAAAUGAAUGUGACAAUAGGCGACCUGGACGAGAUCAUCGAGUGGGUGGUGUGUGUCUCCAGUGAGGUGUUCCUCCCAGUGAUGGCUCUGCACAGGACCUCCAGACCAGAGUCGUCAGACUCAUCCCGCUGGGGGUCAGGUGUGCUCCAGAUUGUCUCUGAAAAGUUCCACCAGCGGAGUUCUGAGCCGAAGGGAAGGCUCCUGGGCGGGCAGCCGCCCACUCCCCCUUCUGAGACCGACAAGGAGCUUCAGGGCAUAGCAGAUCUGUCUGUGAGUAACAUCCUGAAAAGGGCCCAGGAGGACCUCUUCUCUUCUGGUGAGGAUGACCUGGAGAACACCCAUCCAGGCAUCACUCUGACCGAAGAGAAGCUCUCCAGCAUCUUCUCAGAGCUGUUCAGGGAUGCCUGUGAGAGUGCCCAGGAGGCCGCCAGACGGAUCCACCACAUGAGGUCUGGAAGAGGCAACAACAGCCGAAAUGGGAUAUGCCCUGGGUCAUCACAGGGAUCGAGCAGGUCCAACAUGCCAGAGUUGGGAGAACUGGGGUCAGUGAGGAGGCCCAAGGGAAGUGACGUCCAUAAAGUCCUUAGCGAGGGGUCCUUCCCUGUCUUUGCCCUGUUUGGGGAGAGGCCAGGGGAAGUUGGGGAGACCAGCAGCCCUGCUGGAGAGAUGGACGAGACCCAGACUGCCAGCACUCCCAGCAUUCCCCGGUCUGGGCAUGGCGGCAGAAGGAGUAGCCAGACCACCAUUCCCACCACCGGCCACAGAGAGGCAGGUGUCACAGCCAGUAACAUCUUUGAUGUUAUUCUUCAUCUGGCGCACUCCGACACUGACCGGGAACUCCACCAGGAGUUCAGCAGUGAGGAUGAUGUUUCACUGAAUGACAUCAUGGACAUGAAGUUAACCCCGGCAGUGGAGCCCCUGGGGCAGAUGCUGUCCUCAUGGAGGCUGGUCAACAGGAUCUUCAGGGGGAAGGUCCACUACUUUGGGAAGGAGCUCAUCUGCAAGGUGUAUCAGAUGCUUCUGGACACCGGUAUGGGCAGGAGGCCAAUGGCCCGCCAGAGCAGGUCCGAGCCCACCCUGAAAGACCUGGCUGCCAACCGUAGGCUCUCCAAUGAAUUCUUCACAGACGUGCUGUACAUGUUCAUCCAACGGGCCAUUAAGAAUCUGCUGGAGAACUUCUUGGGUCUGCCGACCACCCCACCGGGUAGAGACAUUAUGUGGAAUGACAACUUCAACUGGAUGUAUAGGGACGGCUGGGGGGACACCCCCACAUCCAGCGAGGAGGACAGCGACUCCACCUGGUCAAGUGGGCUUGGGGAGGAGGAGGCAGAGUCCCAUGGGAGGUGGGCCGCUCUGUUGGAGAAGGGCAGCUUCCUGACCCUCCAGUCCUCCAGCUCCCUCUCCGAUGACAACAAGGAGGCACUAGGGGCCAUCUACCAGGUCCUGACCACCAGGGUGGGAGACAUCCUGAACAGUACCUGCAACGACGAUUACAAGGCCAGGCUCAUCAUCCAGAAAGGAUUGGAUUCCGGUGCCAGGGAAAGGUUCCCUGACUCUCCGUGUCCCUCUUCACCCAAGGACGAAGAGGAGGUGGUUGUGAGUGGCAUGACUGUCUCAUACCCUAAACCCUCCACCUCAACCCAGGCGGCAUGGGCAGCUCCUGCCCAGACUCUGGACGUUUUUCUGCCCAGACCCUGCCUGGAUGAAGAAGAGGUAGUGCCCAGCACCUCCAUGAAGGACAACUCUGUGACGACCACCCAUGCAGCACGGGCAGCUCCUUCCCAGACCCUGGAAGAAGAGGUGGGGGGAGCUGAGGUGUCCGACGUGAGUGACAGCUCCAUGAUGCCCACCAAGGCCCUUGAGAAGAUUCCCUCCCUCCUACCAGGCAAGAUCCUUAUCGAGGAGGACAUCCGCAUUCGCAGCACUCCCUGGGCCACCAUCAUGAGCCCCCAGACCCUGAAGCUCAUCCUCCAGGGCAUCAUGCGCCGACUGGAGGCCUCAGAGUCCCCCCAGACAAGGAGGGCCAACGACCCCUUCAGGCUGAUGAAGGAUCUCUUUCUGGAGGUCCAGCAUGCCCUUAAGUAUGCUGACAUCUCUGUCAUCUUUGGCCUGGAGGAGAGCAUCCAAUUCAUUGGGGAGGAUGCGGUGAAGGCCAUCGUGAAGACUGCAGCUAAAAGAUUGUCUCUGCGUUCGGACUCCAACCGGGCUCAACUGUGUGCCGCGCGCUCUGGUGGCGAGGGAGCCAUCAGGUGCAUGGCGGACACCAUCACACAAGUCAUAGAUGACUAUUCCGAGGACUGGAGUUCCGACUGCCAUUUUGGAGCCAGGAGGAGCUGUGCUAGUGGGAGGUCACACUCCUCAACCUCCUCAAGGAGUGACGUCACCUUCACCGAGGAGCUCUUGGCCCGGAGGGAAACCCUUGAAGAGGACCUAGAGGAGAUGGCUGAUGACAGCACUGGUUUGGAGAAGACCAUUGUAAGCUCAGUCAUCUCUGAGAAGUCCCAGGUAAUUAGCUACCUUUCUGAGAGCACCGAGCCCAUCAGCUGUGCCCUCUUCACAGAUCUCGAGGACAUCACCUCCACACAGGUGAGACAGACAAGAACCGGUAGAUCGUUUAGUUAUUUGGGCUGUUUGAUUGUGAGGCAUCGACUCAAAUCUGUUUCUCUCUCUACUAAGAAGAAGGAGAAGGAAGAGGCUAUGAAGGAAGAAGUGAGGAAGUCAGGAAAGAAGAAGCGAGGAAAUAACAAGGACCAGAAGAAGAACAAGGUGUCUCCUCUUGGCAAUGAUAGUACUGUGGCUGCAGAUGAGCCGAAGAAAAAACAGGCUCUCUUCCCGCGGAUCACAGCCGCCCUGGCAAAACUAUUUUGCUUCCCCUGCAAAAAAAGAUGCAAAAAGUAACUGUGCAGAGACCAGUUUGGGAAACCCUGAUGCCACCUCCCCCCAACCCACUUUCUAAAAAAACAUCAGAACAAUCAGAAGAGGGAGACAACCCCCCCUACUCACAACCCAUUUUAUUACCCC